UUUCAACCACUCAUUGCCACCAGACCGCUGUUGUCACCAACCGCGAUACCACUCACUACGCUCCAAUAGCUGGCGGGUAGACUGCUUGCUUGAGUCAAGGAUUGGAUUCUUGUCUCGUCAUCCGCAGUUUAUCCAUCCGCGCAGAGAAAGGUCAUGGCCACCCAAGCCGACCGCUUCGAUGCCGAGAAGGCGGAGGCCCAACCGCAUCCGCCAUCGCAACCACAGCCAUCGCUGGCCGCUGCUGAGCACCGUACGUCUGGCCACGACAGACAACCUGACUCAUCCCCGACCGGUCGAACACCCUCUUGGUUGCGAUCCUUCGAACAUACCCUAUUGAAGUACAACAUUGAGACCCGUGGGAUACAACGAGUGGAGGAUCAUGAGAAACAGCGCAUAUCGUGGUUUGCCUACCUUCAGGUCUUCGUGCUCUGGGUUUCAAUCAACUUGGCCUUGAACAAUGUAACGCUGGGUAUGUUGGGUCCAGCGGUGUAUGGACUGUCCUUUACCGACUCGGCCAUCUGCGCCGCACUGGGUGCCCUGCUAGGCUCUCUUCCCGUGGCAUGGAUUGCAACAUGGGGACCCCUUUCCGGCAUCCGGACUAUGGUCUGGGGACGAUACGCCAUGGGAUGGUAUCCCAGCAAGCUGAUUGUUGUCUUGAACAUCAUCGUCAUGCUGGGCUACUCUCUGCUUGUGGCCAUCAUUGCUGGACAGGUGCUUUCGGCAGUCUCUCCGAAUGGAUCAAUGUCCGUGGUCGUGGGCAUCAUCAUCGUGGCCGUCAUCACUUGGGCGGUCACAACGUUUGGGAUCGCCGUCUUCCACUACUACGAGAGAUUCGCCUGGCUACCUCAGCUAAUUGUUUUUUGUAUCCUGUUUGGCGUGUCGGCCAAACACUUUGACCUGACCAGUCCGAGCGUCGGCGACAGUCUCACAGUCAUAGGCAAUCGUCUGUCCUUUUUCUCCCUUUGUCUGUCUGCCGCCAUUACGUAUUCUGGACUGGGGAUGGACUACUUUGUGUAUUGGCCGGCCACGACGUCCCGCUCAUGGAUCUUCAGCAUGACAUUGCUGGGAUUGGUCCUUUCCUUCACCUUUACCUUGGUCCUUGGAGCGGGCAUAGCAUCGGGCAUCAACACCUCACAAUUGUACUCGAAUGCCUGGACCGACUCUCAAGGUGGUUCGGGUUCCGGGGCAUUGCUGGUCGAGGCAUACUCUCCAUUGGGGGAUUUUGGCAAAUUCUGUGCGGUCAUCGUGGCACUCGGCGGGAUUGCCAACAUGAUUCCUCCGACGUACUCAGCAGGUGUUGAUUUUCAAAUGCUCAACCGAUACUUUGACAAGGUGCCGCGGGUCAUCUGGAAUACCAUUGGCGCAAUCAUAUAUACGGUUUGUGCGCUGGCUGGGCGCAACAAUCUUGGAGUAAUCUUCACAAACUUUCUAGCGUUGAUGGGAUACUGGUUGGCCAUCUGGGUGGCAAUCUUGCUUGAAGAGUUUGUGAUCUUCAGAAAAGCAAAGUUAUCGAACUAUGACUGGCAUGUCUGGAACGACCGAAGAAAGCUUCCUCUCGGGAUUGCAGCGCUGAUUGCAUUUUUGGUCGGUUGGGCAGGUGCCAUUCUUUGCAUGGCCCAGGUCUGGUACACGGGACCUAUAUCCAGACUGGUCGGUGAUUACGGCGCCGACAUGGGAAACUACGUUGGAUUCUCUUGGGCGGCCUUGAUAUAUCCGCCACUACGAUGGAUUGAGUUGAGAAGGCUGAAGCGAUGAUUGCAAACUCGCUAACCUGCAGGAGAGUGACCAGGGUACCUCAGGGGUAUU